AUGUCGAGGACUCUGGCAUCUUAUCUCGUCGCUGCGGCGUGCGUCUACGCCUGUCUUCCGGACAAGGACGAACUCGCUCACCUUCGCUCAAAGAGAAAUGCUCGCACUUCUCAUAGUCGACAUGUUAAGCGAGACGUCGUACCAUUCCCACCAGUUCUCACCGAGACAGAGAGUAUGCUCGCCAACUCAUUCGACAACAACAGUAUCUCCGACUGGUCUCUUUACUAUUCGUCAGGAUACCGCCUAGCAGGCCAUAACCGAUCCCAGGCGGAGUGGACACAACAGAAGUGGAUCGAGAACGGCUGGGAAUCUUGGAUUGACGAGUACUGGAUUUGGUACACGGAGCCCAUUGAGAGUACUCUCACUUUGAACCGAGCGGAUGGGUCGGCGCAUGAGGUUCAGAGACUUGAGGAUGCUCUUGAUGUUGAUGCCCAGACGAAUAAUCCGAAUGAGAAGCCAGCGUACCACGCCCUAUCUGGUAGUGGCAAGGUCAAUGCUGAAUAUGUCUACGUUGGACGUGGUUCUCGAGAGGACUACCAGAAGCUCAAAGAUCUCGGUGUUGAGCUUGAAGGGAAAAUUGCUCUAGCCCAGUAUGGUGGAGCGAAUCGUGGUGUCAAGAUCAAGAAUGCUGAGGCACAUGGUAUGAUUGGUACUAUCCUCUACACUGAUCCCCUUGAAGACGGUGAGAUCACGGAAGCGAACGGCUAUCUCCCAUACCCAGAUGGCCCUGCUCGCCAUCCCUCUUCCAUCCAAAGAGGAAGCACACGCUGGGGAUCUCUAUCUUUCGGCGAUCCCUCAACAAUAGGAUACGCAUCAACCAAGGACGCUCCCCGUCGCGAUAUCACCCCUUACGGCCCAAAGAUUCCCUCCAUCCCCAUAAGCCCUAGAGAUGGUCUCCAACUUCUCCACGCUCUUGACGGCCACGGUCUCUCAGCUGAACAAGUCAACCGAACCAACUACAAGGGUGCUUUCUCAAAUGUCACAUACCACAGCGGUCCUGCACCUGGAGCUACGUUGAACCUUGUAAACAUCAUGGACGCCAGACUUGAACCUGCCUGGGAUGUGAUUGCUUCUAUCAACGGAACUAACCCUGAUGAAUAUGUCAUUAUUGGAAACCAUCGCGAUGGUUGGACUGGUGGCGGUGCUGCUGACGCUGUCUCUGGUGGAUCUCUUCUUAUUGAGAUGGCCAAGGCUUUUGGAAAGCUUGUCGAAAAGGGCUGGAAGCCUCGUAGAACAAUCAUUCUGGCUUCAUGGGACGCAGAAGAGUUCGGUCUCAUGGGUAGCACGGAAUGGGUCGAGGACCAUCUCCCUGAACUUAUCGAAAAGACCGUCGCCUACAUCAACCUCGACACAGCAGUUUCUGGUCCGCGGGCAGAGAUUGUCGGAUCAGGAGAGAUCCAAACCAUUGCUAUUGAGACUAUGAAGAAGGUCAUUUUCCCUGAGGGAUACGGUGCGGGGCCAACAUUAUAUGAUGCUUGGUUCAACGCUACCGAGGGUGUGUUGCCGGCUAUGGGUAGUGGUAGUGACUAUGCUGCUUUCUACCAUAACGGUAUCAGCUCGAUCGACAUUGCUGGUGGCCCUGGCCCCAAGGACCCAGUCUACGCUUAUCACAGUCUGUACGACACGCACCACUGGAUGACCAACUACGCAGACCCGGGCUUCCACCUCCACGCGGCGAUGGGCCAAUUUGUCACUCUUCUAACUUAUCAUAUUGCCGACGACCCCUUGAUCCCCUGGGAUAUGCCCCACGCUGGUUCCGCCCUCCGCGACAUCUUUGAAGAUCUAGAAGAGAAGCUCGAAGACCGUUUCGCCGAGUACACCGUCGAUCUCAGCCCUCUCGACGACGCAGUAUCCGCUUUCGAGUCAGCUUGCAAGCACAUCGAUACUCUCGCCAAACAAGCCGUUGCUCUUAACGACAAUGUGCUUUUGGGUGUUGUCAACACCAAGUUUAGAGAGUUUAGCCGUGGCUUUGCGAGCGCAGGUCUCUUGCCAGGACGAUUCUCGUUCUACAACGUUGUUAGUGCACCGGGUCUGGACAGUGGUUAUGGAGCGGAUGUCUUCCCGGCUAUUCAGGAUAGUUUGGAUCAGGGGAACUUGAUACAGGCUGAGGAGUGGGUUGAGAGGAGCGCCAAGGCUGUUUUGAGGGCAGCUGAAAUUCUUAAGGUCGUGGCAUAG